ACUUAAUGUUUGUCUCCCAUAAUAAUAUGUAUUCACAGACUGCAAUGUGCGUGGCGUUGUUCGCCUGCCUGGCAACACCGUUGCCUCAGAGUAAAGAAGCUGGCAAGAUCUUCGAGACCAGCGAUGUGUUACAGCCCCAGGCAAGAAUACUUAAAAAAUCCGAGGGAAUAAUCUCCACCGUCCUCGACAUCAUACCCAAGAUAUCUCACUUCUCUGGCCUGGGAGGGAAUCAGACCUCCAACAAUCUAAAUCGUGGCCAGGGGAAUAUAGUAGGGCUUUUACGUUCAGUUCGUCCAGUUUUACGGGCCAGUGCAAACUUUCGGGGCUUCAAGGUUAACAGGGAUCACAUUGCCAGCCUGGAUGCUGCUGAGGCUAUUACUCCCUCCAUAUUCACUUUCCUGGACAAACUGAGAUCUCUUAAUGCCACACUAGAAUAGUAUCAGUAACUUAACAAUAUAUACUAAUUAUACCUAUACACUGGUAAUAACUAUCAUAUAUUAAAUUAUUUUUUUCACCAGUU